AUGGCUUCAUCAUCUGCUAUCGGAAAACUCUCGCGUGAGGAAUUCCGACGCCAAAAGGACCUCGAUGCCGCUCGUAAAGCAGGAACAGCCCCUGCUGCAUUGGACGAGGAGGGGAAGCCCAUCAACCCUCACAUUCCUCAAUAUAUCUCGCAGGUUCCCUGGUAUCUCGACACCGGCGUUCCCUCACUGAGUCACCAAAGGCGACCGGACGAAGAUGAGCCCGAAAGCACCCUCAAUUCAUGGUACGACAGAGGGCUGAAAGCAGGCCCAGCAGCCAAGAAGUACCGCAAGGGUGCUUGCGAGAACUGCGGGUCUAUGACACACAAGAAGCAGGAUUGCUUGGAGCGACCGCGGAAGAAGGGGGCCAAGUACACGGGCAAGAACAUACAAGCCGACGACGUGAUCCAGGACGUCGCUGCAGGUUAUGCAGCGAAGCGCGAUCGAUGGAACGGGUACGACGCUGCUGAGUUCAAGAAGGUCUAUGAGGAAUACGCGGCUGUGGAGGAGGCCAGGCAGAAGGUCCGGGAGGAGGAGAUUGAUAAUCAGACGACGACGGAUUUGGCUGCGGUGAGGAAGGUGGCGAAGGCUGGCAAGACGGAGAAGGAGGCGGAUCCGGACUUUGGGUCGAGUGACGAGGAAGAUGCGGACGAAGACAAGUACGCUGAUGCCGCCGACGCUGUUGGCCAAAAACUCGAUGCCAAAACCCGAAUAACGGUCCGAAAUCUACGUAUUCGAGAGGAUACUGCGAAGUACCUCAUCAACUUGGAUCCCUCAAGUGCUUACUAUGAUCCCAAAACACGUUCGAUGCGUGAUGCUCCGCUGAAGGAUGUCCCGGCGGAAGAGGCAGUAUUCGCAGGCGACAACUUCCUGCGCUUCUCAGGUGAGGCUCCAGAAGUGCAGAAACUGCAACUAUUCGCCUGGCAAGCCGCCGCGCGGGGCAACGACGUCCAUUUGAACGCCAACCCCACCCAAGGCGAACUUCUCCAUCAUGAGUUCCGCGAGAAGAAGGCCGAGUUGAAGGAUACGACGAAAGUCAGCAUUCUUGCUAAAUACGGAGGCGCGGAAUAUUUGGCGGCGCCUCCGAAAGAACUGCGACAAGGCCAGACGGAGGACUACGUCGAAUACUCACGGACAGGCCAAGUUGUGAAAGGACGGGAAAGAGCGAAGGCCAAGUCGAAAUACCUCGAAGAUGUAUAUAUCAACAACCACACCGACGUAUGGGGUUCGUGGUAUGAUCCCAUGUCCGAUGCAUGGGGCUACGCUUGCUGUCAUUCACUGGUCCAUGCCUCGUAUUGCUCUGGACAAGCCGGUAUCGAAGCGGCCAAAGCAUCGAGCGCACAAAACCUCCUCUCCUCAUCAUCCGCCGCCGUCCAAGCCUUCAAACAACCGUCACCAGAACCAGAAGAAUCGUCUAAAGCUCAAAACGCUGCAAAAGGCAAGGCAGAGGAGAGGCAGGAUCGCGAUCGGUCGAAGAGGUUGGGUGAAGGGGAUAUACAGCUUGAUAAGGAGAGGCUGGCGAAAGCUAUCGCGGAGGAAAAGAAGCGGAAGCAGAGAGCGGACGACGAGGACGAGAGGUGGGGGAAGAAGAAGAAGGGACCCGAAGGCAAUUCAGAAGUUACAGAAGAGCAAUUGGAGGCAUACCGAAUGAGUCGCCGCAUGAUGGAAGAUCCUAUGGCCAACUACGUCGACACCGGGGACAUAUAA